AUGGAUACGAACUCACGCCAACCAAUCAGGAUCGCCGUCAUCGGUGCUGGCGCCAUAGGACCCCGCCAUGCAUCAGCAGUCAAGCAAAACCCGGAUGCUGCACUUGCCUGCAUCGUCGACCCUAGCCCAACUGCUAUCCAGAUAGCUAUACGGCUGGGGACCAGGUAUUAUCCCUCAGUGCAGUCCAUGGUCCAAUCAGCCAUGAGCAAGCCAGAUAUCGCCAUCGUAUGCUCACCAAAUGACACGCAUGCCGACCUAUCCACCGAACUGCUCUCGGCGGGUAUCCAUGUCCUCUGCGAGAAGCCUUUAUCAACCGACAGCGCCAGCGGACAAACCCUCAUUGCGCACGCCGCCGCAAAAGAGCUGCACCUCCUGACGGGGCACCAUAGGCGCUUUAACCCGUACGUGGUCGCCGCGAAGCGCAUAUUGGCUAGCGAGGAGCGGUCACUCGGCCUCAUCACGGCUGUGUCUGGAUUGUGGGCGCUGUAUAAGCCCCAGGUGUACUUCGAUGAACCUACGGAAUGGCAUCGCACCCGUGAGGCGGGUGGACCAGUGAUGAUCAACCUGAUCCAUGAUAUUGAUGUACUUCACUAUCUCCUGGACAGCAAGGUCAAGCGUGUGGCAGCGUUUGAAGCACCGAAACGGCGUGGCUAUGAUGCUGAGGAGGGUGGUGCCAUCCUCUUACAUUUCGACAACGGCGUUGUUGGCACCUUUGUGCUGAGCGACGCGGUAGUCAGUCAGCACUCGUUUGAGAUGGGCACCGGAGAGAAUCCACUGAUAGCAAAAACGGGUCGGGAUGUUUAUCGAAUCUUCGGCACAGCAGGGACCCUCAGCAUCCCAGACUUGAAAAGAUCCUUCUACUCUGACAGCCAAGAGAAGUCAUGGCACAGCCAAGUGACAGAGGUCACAGAGAUUUUGGAGGACUUGUUAUCAGAUGAUGAGAGGGCAAAGGUGCCAUUUGAGCUACAAGUUGCCAACGUAGUGGGUGUGCUCAGGGGGGAGCAGCAGCCAGCGUGUACUGGAGAAGACGGGCUGGCUGCUGUCAAGGUGGCUGAAGCUGUCAAGAGAGCGUUGAGCACGGGAGGUGUGGUCGACGUGUAA